AAAGUGAAAAGUAAAAAAACAACAGGAAAACAGACGAGCGCUUUAAAAAUCUAGUCUACUUUUGAUUCAAUUUAGGUUUUCGCAAAAUUUAGUGUUACAUUUUUGUUUUGUGCAUCCAUAACAUUUACAAAACAUGACAAAGAUGGACAUACCAAUGAAAAAUAAGGUUGAAUCAUCGGCAAAUUUUAUACAAAACGAAAAAGACGUCGAGGUGCAGGUUCGAGCUCCGAAAAGGGUAUUGCAUUUCAGCGAUGGUACCAUGGAGGAAUUUAGCGACGACGAAGAUCAGGUGGACGGUGUACCGAGGUCUGAAACCGUCGUGGAUGAGUCUAAGAUGAACUGGAGCGACUGGAUGUUACACAAAACCUGUAAGCUGGGCAACACCGUCCUGGCCGGAUGCGAUUACGUUGGCGAAGGCCUUGCGUCGAUGUUGGGUAUCACCACGCCUAAAUACAGCUUUGAAAUUGAGGAGUUUAAACGAAUGCAAGCAGAACAGCAUGCUGAAGAUCGAGCCAUACAGAACUUUGUAGACCAGAAUCGCCCGGCUAGCAGUGAUGGUGAAGCAGCAGAUGUUAGCAAUCAAACGAAAUCUGUUGCGGUGGCAGAACCCCAGGCAGGCCUGGGUUCGAUAAAACCUAGUGCCGCGGUAUCUCGUAUACCCGUACCGACCGAGAUUGAAAAGUUUUGAAAAUUUAAAAACGGACAAAUCGUGCCGUUAAAAAAGCACAUUUUAAAUGACCCAAAUCAUGUGUAAACUACUAAUUUAAAGCCGUCAUUAUAUAUAAAGAUAUGUAUAUUUAUCAUAAAUGAAUGAAAAUAACAGUGCAAUUUCCAAAGAAAUUAUAUAUCGACAGUUUAUUGAGGAUACAUAAUAAAUUUA